GCCCUGGCUCCCUUGUAUGCUGAUGAACAUCUGGAAUAUGCCUGGUAAAGUCACGCAACUCGAGCACGCCACUGUGCGCUUUCACUCAACCUCUUCGUGGUUCUCUAGUUCUGACGCGAUCUGCCUCCCUCUUGCUGAUCUCGCCGCCUGCUCCCGGCACGAGUAUUAAAACUGAUGCUUGCUGUUCUGUUCCUCGUCUCCCCCGAUCAGUUCUUAUCAAAAUGGCCAACACUCCCCACGGCGGCGUCCUCAAGGACCUUCUUACUCGCGACGCGCCCAAGCACGACACGCUCGUCGAGGAGGCCCGCGCCCUCCCGGACCUCUACCUCACUGAGCGCCAGCUCUGUGACCUCGAGCUCAUCCUCAAUGGCGGCUUCUCGCCGCUCGAGGGCUUCAUGAACGAGGCCGACUACACUUCCGUCCGCGACACCCUCCGCCUUGCCAAGGUCAAUGGCCAGCGCCGCGGCACCCUCUUCUCCAUGCCCAUCACCCUCGACGUUUCGCAGGAGGACAUUGAGCGCCUUGGCCUCCAGGCCGGUGCGCGUAUCGCCCUCCGCGACUUCCGUGACGAGGCCGCCCUGGCCAUCCUUACCGUCGACGACGUCUACCGCCCCGACAAGAAGGCCGAGGCCGAGCAGGUCAUGGGCGCCGACGACCUCGCCCACCCCGCCGUCAAGUACCUCCACAACUCGACCAAGGAGUUCUACGUCGGUGGCAAGGUUGAGGCCAUCCAGGCCCCCACCCACUACGACUACGUCGCUCUCCGCUACUCGCCAGCUGAACUACGCGCUCACUUCCACAAGCUGGCCUGGAGAAAGGUUACCGCAUUCCAGACCCGUAACCCCAUGCACCGCGCCCACCGCGAGCUCACCGUCCGCGCCGCUCGCCAGCACCGCUCCAACGUCCUCAUCCACCCCGUCGUCGGCCUCACCAAGCCUGGAGACGUUGACCACUUCACCCGUGUCCGCGCCUACCAGGCCCUCAUGCCCUCGUACCCUGAGGGUCUCGCCCACCUCGCCCUCCUGCCCCUUGCCAUGCGCAUGGCAGGUCCCCGUGAGGCGGUCUGGCACGCCAUCAUCCGCAAGAAUUUCGGUGCGACCCACUUCAUUGUUGGCCGUGACCACGCCGGCCCUGGCAAGAACUCGCAGGGUGUCGACUUCUACGGACCGUACGACGCCCAGGAGCUUGUCGCGCAGUUCAAGGACGAGCUCGACAUCGAGAUGGUCCCCUUCCAGGCCAUGACCUACCUCCCCGGCUCUGACGAGUAUCAGCCGGUCGACGAGGUGCCCAAGGGCACUCCUACCGCCGACAUCUCCGGCACCGAGCUCCGCAAGCGCCUCCGCACGGGCGCCGCCAUCCCCGACUGGUUCUCGUACACCGGUGUCGUCAAGGUCCUCCGUGACUCGUACCCCCCUCGCCCGAAGCAGGGCUUCACCGUCCUCCUCACUGGUCUCCACAACUCGGGCAAGGACACGAUCGCCCGUGCUCUCCAGGUCACUCUCCAGCAGCACGGUGGACGCUCCGUCUCGCUUCUUCUCGGCGACGAGCUCCGCGGCGACCUGUCGCCCGACCAGGCGCACGCCCCUGAAGAGAAGCACCGCAACAUCCAGCGCAUUGGCUUUGUCGCGUCCGAGCUCACCAAGGCCGGUGCGGCCGUAAUCGCCGCCCCAACGGCGCCUUACGAGCGUUCGCGCAAGGCCUUCCGUGACGCCGUCGCAGGGCCCGGCGGCAACUUCUUCCUCGUCCACGUCGCCACCCCGCUCGCGCAGUGCGAGGCGGCCGACCGCCGCGGCGUGUACAAGAGAGCGCGCAACGGCGAGCUCAAGCACUUCUCGGGCAUCUCGGACCCCUACGAGGAGCCUACGGAUGCCGACCUCGUCGUCGACCUCCGCAAGGACUCGGUCCCCGAGAUCGUCCACUCCAUCAUAAUGACCCUUGAGCAGCAGAACCUCGUCUAA